UUCUCGCGAGAACGUCACGAGCUCUCAGGAGAGAUCUGGGCAAGAGUGCGGGUUCUGAAUGAGGUUGAUUCUUCAUACUGAAUGCUUACGGAGUUUGCAGACAGCUUGCUUAAUAUGGCUUAUAAAAGAGGAAGGAAUCACAAGCAGUGCCUCUCUACCGUUUCAUCCUUCACUUUGAACUGUCAUGGACCUCCACCGUGCACAGGUCAAGCUCACAGUAUAUGCAUGGUGUCUGACUUUUUUUAUCCAAACAUGGGAGGAGUGGAAAGCCACAUCUAUCAGCUAUCACAAUGCCUUAUAGAAAGAGGACACAAAGUUAUCAUAAUAACUCAUGCUUACGAAGACCGUAAAGGCAUUCGUUACCUGACCAAUGGACUGAAAGUCUAUUAUUUGCCAUUAAGAGUUAUGUACAACCAGUCUACAGCAACAACUCUCUUCCAUAGUAUGCCUCUGCUCAGAUAUAUAUUUGUGCGUGAAAGAGUCACCAUUGUCCAUGCUCAUAGUUCGUUUUCAGCUAUGGCUCACGACGCACUCUUUCAUGCCAAGACAAUGCAACUGCGAACAGUUUUUACGGACCAUUCUCUUUUUGGAUUUGCUGAUGUCAGUUCGGUGCUUACAAAUAAACUCUUGACUGUCUCACUGUGUGACACGAACCACAUCAUCUGUGUUUCUUACACGAGCAAAGAGAACACUGUGUUGAGAGCAGCGUUGAAUCCUGAGAUAGUUUCUGUCAUCCCUAAUGCUGUUGAUCCCACUGACUUUACUCCAGACCCCUCUAGGCGGGACAGCAGCACAAUAACUAUUGUUGUUGUUAGCAGACUUGUGUAUAGAAAAGGUAUAGAUUUGCUGAGUGGUAUAAUUCCUGAGCUUUGUCAGAAGUAUCCAAAUUUACACUUCAUAGUUGGGGGAGAGGGACCAAAGAGAAUUGUAUUGGAAGAAGUGCGAGAAAGGUACCAGCUUCACGACAGGGUCCGUCUGUUGGGAGCUUUGGAACAUCAGGAUAUCAGAAACGUCCUAGUUCAGGGACACAUUUUUCUCAACACCUCUCUCACAGAAGCUUUUUGCAUGGCAAUUGUGGAAGCUGCCAGUUGUGGUUUACAGGUUGUGAGUACAAGGGUUGGUGGGAUUCCUGAGGUGCUACCAGACAACCUUAUAAUCUUGUGUGAUCCUUCAGUGAAGUCUCUGUGUAAUGGAUUGGAAAAGGCUAUAGCCCAACUAAAGUUAGGAACGCUACUAUCUCCCGAAAUCAUACAUAGCCAAGUUAAAACUUUUUAUACGUGGAGAAAUGUUGCAGAGAGAACUGAAAAGGUAUAUGACCGAGUGGCAGGUGAAAUAGUAUUGCCAAUGGGAAAAAGGCUUGACAGACUCAUCUCACAUUGUGGCCCUGUGACUGGUUCCAUUUUUGCUCUUCUUUCUGUAUUCAGCUUCCUCUUCCUGAUUUUCCUGAGGUGGCUAACACCAGAUUACCUUAUUGAUGCUGCAGUAGAUGCCACGGGCCCAUGUCGGGCGUGGACUCCACAGAAUUUCCGCAAAAAAAGAGAAACUUUAAACUCGGACUCUUAAAAAAAUGCCAAAAACUGAUAGUCAGGACUUCAUUCUUCAAGAAUGUUUUAGCUGGUAGAAUCAUGUUCACAGAACACGUUUGUAAAUUAUUGAACAACAUUUCUUAUUUGUUGGGAAGAAAUUUGAUAAGAUCUGCUACCUCAAAUUAGCAUUGUCUGAAACGGAUCAGCCUGCUUGCCAAGAUUUGCAACAAUAACUGUUCACACACCCCCCCCCCAAUAUUUUGUAUAAAUGGGCAAUAUAACAAUGGUGAUUAUUGAUAAGACAUGAGAGGAAGUAAAGGGAAAUCAAGUGAACAGUUGACAUUCAUUAUUUGUUUUCCCUCGCAGAAUUUUGUCUACUUUACAGUAGUAAAAGCACAAUGGUAUUGGAGUUGAGUCUGCACUAAAAACAUGACAAAGGGAACAUACAAAGGAUGGCCUCCUCCAUGUCCAUCAAAAUCAGGAAAGGUCAGCUAUGUAAAUAAGUUACAUCCUCCAACAGUUUCUAGGAUCUUUUAUUUAUUCAUACCUCUCCUUCAUUCAAGCAAUAGGAAAAUCUGCACUCUGCAGCAUUUUUCUGCUUUCCUGCGUUUAAAUGGCAAACAGGAAAAGGCAGCUGGAAAAAAGGAACUCCCAUGACGAGAAGAAUUGCCUCAAUCAGGGAAGCCAUGAUCCUCAGUUUGCAAGACUUAGCAAACUGUUAACAAGAGGACAUUUUGGAGGUCAUUAAUUCAGAGCGUCACCAAAAGUCUAAAGCAACUCGAAAACACUUAACACACAUUUAUUUAUGAAAUUCUAGGUUUUUUGCCUGAUUUGUUCUCAUUUUCCCAAGUUAGAUAUGAGGACUAGCUGGGUAUUCUGAAUGGUGGGGAAUGUGACACUUGGUAUAGUGAACUGGUAAAUGGUAACAUUGUUCUUUUCCCCUGGGAAUAUGAGGAUCUUCUCUUCCUCUGGUAUAUAAGAAUGCAAAUUCGGCUUACUACACAAUUGUGGCACCAUAUUGGUCCUUGUUUCUUUAGAACAGGGGCUUCUUUCCUGGACUAAAAUAUUCAGAGCAAAAUAAAUGGAAAGGUUGUGUGUUAAUAAUGGCUGCCACGUGUUCCCGGAGAGAGGAGUGUUGUGUAUACUAGAAGUAAUUCAAAUGAAAGUUCUUUAUUUUU